CUGACGAAAUAGGACCAAAACAGUCAAGUAAAGAAAUUCAUAGACCAAAAUGUCUUUGUUGCGUCAUAUUUGAAUAAUGAGAAUCUGUGCCUGACAUAAAUGUGCUUGGUGCACUCGGUGUGUCUUUUUGGAUUUUAUGGAUUUAGUGCUUUGUUAAGGUUUUGGAGCUGUUGUACACUUUUGUUAAAAGCGAUGGGUGACAGCGACCGGAUGCCCCGGGUGGACUUCGCUAAGCAGGGCCAAAACAUUGACAAACGCACCCGUCAGCUAAUGCAGGAGGUGGAUGCUAUGAACCAAGCUCGACUGACCAGGCUGGCGCGUAUGCGGCGUAACUCGAAGGUGACUGCGGGUAUCAUCACUGCCGGCUUGCUGAGCAUCUACGCCUACUCGAUGUACGCCGUGCGCCAGGAGACCUUCCUGGACGCGUUGGACGAGGAGGUGCGCCAGCAGCAGACCAAGCAGAACUGAAGAGCUGCGUCAGCGCCCGGAAAACGAAGCAGAAGUAAACUGUGAAGUGCGAGAGGUCGAGUCUGUUGGACAUUUUGUUAGCUGGUGCAGUGGAUGACACGUCGGUUACGUUUUGAUGAGUCAUACGUGAACCGAGAUGAGCUUCUGAAGUCACGUGUGCGCGAUUGUUGAACUGUUGAGAGAAGCUGGUGAAUGGUUUUGACGUCACAGUGUGAGGACCGGCGGUGAACAUUAAAUAAAAAGGACUUACUCCCUGUGUUGUCACUGACCUGACCGCGAGUGUAUCAACCCUGACCCCACCACCGCCGCUGAUUAGUUGAUCAUCCACCGCCGCCGACCAAUCGCCAGUCGGCGUCUCGGCCGUCGUCAUGGCCACGCCGCGUCUGCCGCCGCUGCCCUCGAUCCGCGACCUGCUGCGUCUGUACCGUCUGCGUGCAGUGCAGCAGCUGUCUCAGAACUUCCUGCUGGACGCUGGCGUGUGUGCCCGGCUGGCACGCGCUGCCGGCCCGCUGCGGGACGCGCACGUGUGUGAGGUCGGGCCCGGACCGGGCAGUGUGACCAGGGCCAUCCUGACGCAGCGGCCCGCCGGCGUCACACUCGUGGAGAAGGACACCCGUUUCCUACCGGCGCUGCUGAUGCUCAGGGAGGCCGCCCAGCCGUGUCCAGUACGCAUCGUGGCAGGAGAUGUGCUCCUCUAUGAUAUGGAAGCGGCGUUCCCGGUGAGUCCCACGCCGUGGGAGGAGCCGUGCACGUCUGCCUACAUCCUGGGUAACCUGCCGUUCAGCAUCAGCACGCCGCUGGUGGUGCGCUGGCUGCGGGACGUGUCCAAACGGCAGGGCGCCUGGAAACACGGCCGGGUCCGCAUGGCACUCACCUUCCAAAAGGAGGUGGCCGAGCGUCUGGCCGCGGAGGCGGGCGGUGAGCAGCGCUGCCGGCUCUCCGUGGUAGCCCAGGCGUUCUGUCAGGUGCAGCACCGGUUCACCCUCGGCGGACACGUCUUCACCCCUCGCCCGGACGUGGACGUUGGCGUGGUGGUGCUGACGCCACUCCGAGAGCCGCGCGUGGACGUGCCGUUCGAGACGCUGGAGAAGGUGGCGAGAGGACUCUUCAACAUGAGACAGAAGUCGAUUCUGCGCGGCACCCAGACCCUGUACCCGGAGCCGGUGCGCCGCCAGCUGGCCGCCGACACGCUGCGUCUGGCCGAACUGGAUCCGGCCUGCCGGCCCUUCCAGCUGACUGUCGAAGAGGUGGGUCGGCUAUGCCGCGCCUACCUGGACAUCUGCAGCGUGCACCCCCAGCUGGCCCCGUACGAGUACAGGGUGCACGGCAAACACGGCGGACUCGACCUGGCCCAGGGGGUGUCACUGUAGCGUAGGUGGCGCUGUAGGCUGGCGUCAGCGCUUGGAGGGCUGUGUGCUAGAACCGUCGCUCCGUUUUGGGGAACGACGGUGAUGUUUGUGAUAGUCGUUUGAUAAGAUUGAAAUGUAAUUAUGAGAUAGAUGUGGGUAUUUCUGAGCGUAUUCUUCAGCACAUAAUUUUUGAAAUACUUUUUGAGCUAGUUUUGGGAAGUUUUUCAUUUCUGAUCGAAAUGCGAUUCAGUUCUUUAAUGUGGACGUCCAAAUUUUUGGAUCCCUCAAAACUCACCAAGUCUACGUAAUCCGUAAUUUUUAACAUCAAUUUCAAUAAAACUGAAGUGUACGCAGCGUACGGACGGGCCGAAGGAGCUUACUAUCGUUACAGAGUACUCUGGAGGCUCGGUCCUUGCUCAGUGUGAACCGUUCAGUUCCAGCUGGAUGGUCCACCUUAGAGUUACCGCGUGUCGUCUGUAUGUAGACUGUCUGAAAAAAUACAAGGGCAUGUUUAA